AUGUCGCCAAUACUACCUGCUGAUAUUUACUGCCAUAUACUCGACUACGUCGAUCAGAAGACGGCCGUCAACUGCCGGUUGCUGAACGUAUUUGUGUUGCCAAUUGCGACAACUUAUGCAUUUCGUCACAUUCGCAUCGAAGCUUGGCAUGAGAACCGCAACUUCAUCAAUGUCGCCACGUCCCCUAUAAAGCACCACGUUCGCGAGAUCACCAUUGAUACGUGGGCCGGACCUGACCGUAAAGGUCAAGCUACCUCGGACCACAAGUUGCCUCGAAACCUCUCUCAACCCUUGUUGUACCUGCGGCACUUCCGGGAUAUCAAGACCCUCAACAUCAGAUUCGACAGGCGGUGUGGCCGUGAGAGUAGACGUGGAGAGCCGCGCAUAGAUCAAGACUAUGACUUCCGGUUCAAGGUCCUCGAUAUUGCAUUUCAGUAUCUUGCGGGGACGCGGUCCGCGGGAUGGGAAGAAGAGCCCAAGACUUCCGUCGACUGUGGACCUGUCGAGAUCAAGACUUUGACGAUAGCCAAUCUCGCAGACUACAACGACGAGAGGCUGACGAAAUCGGAGGCAUUCAAGCAGGUCAUGUCAUCCGCCAGUCUGACUGACGUGAGGCUUCUUGGGACGACGGGGGACAGCACAGCAAGUCUCGAGGACAACAUCUGGCUCCCUGAAAAGCACGACUUUUUUGAGACCAUUCCCUCCACUUGGCUGUGUCCACCCGUGGCUCAGAAUCUUCGGGUUCUGUCCUUGUUCUUCCGCGACUACUGGGGCUGGAACCCGAAGAUGGACUUUAGAAGUAUCAAUCCGGUCAGUGGUCUCAAAACCGGGCUGCCAAACCUACGCGUUCUUGCUCUAGGUAACUAUGUCUUCAGCCACGAGUGGCAGGUCGACUGGAUCGCCUCGGUCGGGGAGCGCAAUGGACGUGGGGGACUGCAGGAGCUAUAUCUUGACGACUGCCCAAUCAUGUGGCAAGCACGCACUCUGGAGCCCUUGGACGAGUCAGAAACCGUGAUCGAGCUACCUGAUGGCAAAAGCCUCAGUUUCUCCAACGCCGGCUACCCUUCCAAAGACGUCAUGUCAUCGCCGGAUCCAGUGUGGAAUCCCACCAAAUUCAGUUAUCACCUUCGUUGGAAACAGAUACUUGACCAUUGGCAGGAACAUAUGAUGGGUUUGCAGGUGUUUAGUAUGGGUCAUGGGCCAUGGGAUGGGGAAGCAGCUGAGCUCAUGAUGCUUCCUAGCUCUCCCGAAACCUCGUCGUUGGUCCCUAAACUACGCCCCAACGCUCCCGGAUGGAGAGAAGAGAUUGAGGAAAUCCGGAAGCUACGCGAAUACCGUGAGCAUCCGGCACUGGAUACCAUGCAUCUCAACUACGCUUGUCCCAGUCCUAGCGACAUGCGCGACAGUGGUGACAGGUCUCGCUACUAUAACGGAGUCGGGUUGGCCCAUGAGCGCCCAUGCAUCCUGCAGUACGUCCACUUCGAUAUCGGAGUCGGACCUACCCCAUGGAUUGAGCGAGAUAACGCGAGGACAUGGUUUGAAGAUGGGAAUAUGGAGGCAUAUGAGGUUGCCAGAAGAGAGGAUGAGGCAUCGUAUGAAACCCUGCAAGCUGCCGUUGCGCAAAGAAACCUACCUCCCCGUUCCCAUGCGUAA